GUACGUGUGGCAAGUGCCAGUGUCUGAGGGCCAGAUGUGCCACCAGCACCAGCUGGAGGUGACUAACUUGUCUCAUUCCACACCGAUUUCUGUACCCAGGAGAAAGCGAAGGUUCUUUGAGCGGCGUCUGUGCCGUAGAAUACAGCCGAGACUUUAACCCUGGCGUCCGAGAAACAGGUUUUGAAGUAUAUAUGUAUAGGAAUAUAUAUAUAUUACCUGUGUAAGUUUACCUAAGAAACGUGUGUGUGUGUGUGUGUGUUUGGACUCGACUCCAGGUUGUGAAUGAUACACAGGGCCACCACUAUGAUGAUUCUCUUGGCUCUGUUGUUAACCUCUGAGCUCCUCACUACAGCCAUGGCCCAAGAACUUAACCUCGACGCUGAAGACUGUGUUGUGUAUGACGAGAAAAAUAGCGAAGAGCCACACGUGAAGGAGUUCGAGGAGCGGGUGUCCACAGCCGUAACACCACAAACUAACAUAAUGUCAAUGAAGCUUCAUCUGGUGUCCGCCUCGCACAACUGUACCAUCUUCUUUGUGGUACGAUCACUCCUUUCAGAAUGCACGAACGGGAGGACGACGAAGCUACUCAACUGGCCCAUUGAGCUCUUCAGGCAAUACGACACGACGGAGAUCUGGAUACAGUUGGCUGUUUCCGACGGCGUCUCAAAGGCAGAGUCCAACUCUGACGACGCAUCGCUGGCCGGGUCCUAUAUGAACAACGUCACACUGGCAGGGUCCUUGUAUGACUUAUUUCUUGUUGGGAAACGAGGCAAGCUCCAAGGGCGGUUGGUGAUUCCCGGAAGCGGACUGACUCCUCCCGUCCGUAUGCACUGGGUCACCGUGGAGGAAGCCAAGCAUUACUUCAACUGCGUCACAGGAUGUUUGCUGAGCCGGGCAGCGAAGACACAGAGUGGUGACCACUCAAUCUUCCUUCGUCAGGGUGAGGGCCCACUGCACCUCACUCUCACCUACACCGGCGGCUCCCGGGGAGGGCAUCACACAGCCAACCUUACCUCAGCUGACCUGGGCCCGCCGGCAAGGCUGAGGAAUAUUACACUCGUUUGGGACGGUCAACUGGGCACCAUUGGGGUGUUGGUGGAUGGUGCGCCUGUAGGGGGUCUUGUUAAGUACUCGAUCCUCGACCACAACAGAGGAGUGGAGGCUGAAGUGACGGACGGAAAUGGACUGGUGAGCGCCUGUGACCCUCGCUUCCAGGGCGUGGCGAGAUAUUUCCCCCCAGACUUGUCGCUGCCAUCCCCAGACAGCAGUAACUCAUCAUCAUCCUGUCAGACGAUGAUUUGGUUAUUGGCCCUAAUUUUCCUCAUCUGUCUGGCCACCACAGCCCUCUUCGCCGCCCUCUAUUACCAAGCUUCCAGGAGGCUGCUUCAACUUCAGCGGCCCUCUGCCAACUCGAGGACCUCCACCAACUCGAGGACCUCCUCCAAGCGCACCAGUGACAGACGCAAGGACCUGACGGUCACUGACUCGCCCAACGAGAAAGAAGAUUGUAACAGCGCCUCGGAAGUGACCAUGUCGGUGUCUAUGAAGACUCCCGAAGCCACCCCUGGCUCGGUCACUGGCCCCAGAUCACCCAAGUUCGUCUCGACAAAAGAUUUUGUUGAUCUGAACCUCAUGUGAAACCGGGAAGCUCGGCAGCUCUAUUCCACUCUGCGAUCUCAUUUAAUACUCUAGAUUAUAGAGGAUUAUAAAUGAGGUGCCGUAAUGGAAUUUUAUUUCGGUUAUGGACUAAAAAAAAAAGGGUAUUAAAAACUGCUUUUAACGUAGCAGUUAAACCAUAGUUAAAUAAACCUCAUUCUGCUUCAGUCAUACAACGAUAUUUUACUGUGUGUGUGUGUGUGUGUGUGUGUGUGUGUGUGUGUGUGUGUGUGUGUGUGUGUGUGUGUGUGUGU